GUCGCAACAGCCUCGGGGACAUUCGAAUGGGGCUGGCGGUUUUCAACUUGGCCUUGACCGGCGCCGGGUUAGCUCCCAGGGCCCUGACUUCCAAGCCGGCCGUCCUGGAGGUAGACGCCGUCUCUGUUAUGAUUGCGGGCGUGCUUGCCGACGCCACCCCCCAGUUUCACGCCUUUAUGCGGGGCCCGCUCCUCGCUGACAUUCUGUGCCGGCCGCCCAGAAGGAACAACGCUAGCACUGCAGAGUUCCCGAGGGUGACAGUCGAUAUUAUUUUUCCCGCUGGUGUAGGCGUAUCCGCCCAGUUCCUUCAGCUCCAGCACCUCCGCCGCUCCGCCCUCCCAGGCAGCGCCUUCUUCGGCUUCGCGCUCGCGCGCAAUGACCCGGAUGCCAUGAUAGUCGAGUUCAACAGUUCCAUGAUAGAUGCAUGCUGGGGGGGCCCGCUCACGGCGGCCGCGGACCUGAAGUGGAAGCCAUCUCGCGGCGACCGCGCGGCCGCGCGGUCGCGCGGAGAGCCUGAGCAGAGCCCCAGCGUGCACGACUACGUCACUGACCUCAAGAUCCAAGGGGGUGCGGGGCGGGAAGGCGCGGAGGUGCUUCAACGCAUCCCCAACCGCGCGCCCCCCGCAACGGGGCAGACUAUGACGGGGGCCGUCGACGACGCCAUGCCGAAGCCCGGCGAGUUUUACCAUCUCGCCUCCAGGAACAAAUUUGCACCCCCAGGUCGCCAACGGCUCCUGCUCCGCAGCCAGGGGGAAGUUCGCAAGGCCCACGCCGCGCUGCGCGGCCAGGCGGCCCAGGUCGGUUCCGACAGUGUCGCGAUUGAGGUCCUGAAUGACACCAUCCAGUUGGGCCCCCUCUCGGGGAACAGAAGGCGGUGGCCGGCCGCGACGCCCGCGGCUGCCGCCUGG